AUGAAACGGAUAGACUUAAAAGUAGUAGUGAAAAAGGAACUUAUGGGCUACUAAAUUAAGAGGAUUUUAUUGAUGGAAUAAAGAUUUAGGAAAUCAAAAUAAGCAAAAAAAGCAAAAUAAGCAAGAUCCUCCCUUUUAAACCAUAUGGAUUUUUAUUAUCAAAGAAAAUGGAAUCUUCUUUAUUAUUAUAAUAAUCGUAGGUUCGGUUUAAAGUCUAUCCACAAAAGAAUUGGCAAAUACAUAAGACGAGAUAGAGUGCUUUUUCAAGUUAAGUUGAAGAUCAAUCGAAUCUACAAAUUCUAGUUAAAAGGUGACCCAAAAAUUAAAUAAUUUGAUAUAAAAAGCAAUGUUGCAAAUAAUUUAAAUACUCUUGAUGGUUAAGAAGUUCCUUUUGAGCUCUAUAAUUUUGACCGCCAAGAGGAAUAAUUUGAAUAAGAAUAAAAUGACGACUUCUUAGGGAACGAAGAGAUAAGGAGAUAGAAUGACAAGAUAAUUGUUUCUAAUAAUCAUUGA